AUGAGGACCCUCCUGCCGCUGUGGCUGGCCCUGGCCGGAGCCGGUGCCUGGCUGCGAUGCCCCGACGGGCAGCCAUGCCCCGCCACCCCGGUCCUGCCUGCCAGCAGCGCAGCAGUGUGCCAAGACGGCUUGCCGUGCCCCGCCGGAGCCCCCUGCCCGCUGCCAGAGGGAGUCCCCUGUGCUGGCGGCCACCGCUGCUGUCCCCGAGGGUCCCGCUGCAGCGCCGACGGCGAAUCCUGCAUCGCGUCCCCAGCUCCUGGUGCUGUCCCCUGUCCCGACGGACAGUCUGAGUGUCCCGACGAUGCCACGUGCUGCAUGACGGCCAGCGGCGCUUGGGGGUGCUGCCCCAUGCCCCAGGCCUCGUGCUGUGCCGACAAGGUGCACUGCUGUCCCCAUGCCACCGUCUGCGACCUGGCCCACGGGCGCUGCCUGUCACCCACCGGUGACGUCCCCAUGGGCACUGCGUUCCCCGCCUGGAAGCGCCAGCCCCCAGCGCCAGUAGCGUUGCGCCAAGUGCUGUGCCCCGACGGCCGCUCGGCGUGUCCCGACGGUGCUACCUGCUGCCAGCUGCCCUCGGCGCAGUACGGCUGCUGUCCCCUGCAAAACGCGGUGUGCUGCAGCGACGGGCAGCACUGCUGCCCGCAGGGCACUGCCUGCGACCUGGAGCGCUCCACCUGCACGUCAGCACGGCCCCUGGCAUCCCUGCCCCAAGCUCGUGACGUGAAGUGUGACGACGAGACGAGCUGCCCCGACGGGAGCACGUGCUGCCGGCUGAGCUCGGGCGCCUGGGGGUGCUGCCCGCUGGAGGAGGCCGUCUGCUGCCCCGACCACGUGCACUGCUGCCCCCAGGGCUACACCUGCGACCCGGAGGGGGGCAGCUGCCUGCAGGAGGGGGGGGGCCGCCGGCCCUGGCUGCGGAAGACCCCUGCGCUGGCCCGGGGGGGGGACGUGAAGUGUGACGAGGAGACGAGCUGUCCCGACGGGAGCACGUGCUGCCGGCUGAGCUCGGGGGCCUGGGGGUGCUGCCCGCUGGAGCAGGCCGUCUGCUGCCCCGACCACGUGCACUGCUGCCCCCAGGGCUACACCUGCGACCCGGAGGGGGGCAGCUGCCUGCAGGAGGGGGGGGGCCGCCGGCCCUGGCUGCGGAAGACCCCUGCGCUGGCCCGGGGGGGGGACGUGAAGUGUGACGAGGAGACGAGCUGUCCCGACGGGAGCACGUGCUGCCGGCUGAGCUCGGGGGCCUGGGGGUGCUGCCCGCUGGAGCAGGCCGUCUGCUGCCCCGACCACGUGCACUGCUGCCCCCAGGGCUACACCUGCGACCCGGAGGGGGGCAGCUGCCUGAGGAGGGGGGGGGGCCGCCGGCCCUGGCUGCGGAAGACCCCUGCGCUGGCCCGGGGGGGGGACGUGAAGUGUGACGAGGAGACGAGCUGUCCCGACGGGAGCACGUGCUGCCAGCGGAGCUCGGGGGCCUGGGGGUGCUGCCCGCUGGAGCAGGCCGUCUGCUGCAGGGACCACCAGCACUGCUGCCCCCGGGGCUACACCUGCAACGUGGCCGCCCAGAGCUGCGAGAAGCUGCUGGCACCCACCCCACUGCUGCCAGCACCCACACCCCCCCGCCGGGCACCCACACGCCUCCGCUGGGCACCCACCCCACCAGCCACCCCACUGCGAGCCGCUGGCACCGAGCUGGGUGCUGCAGUGCCCUGCGAUGCUGCCCGCUCCUGCCGCGGUGGGCAGCGGUGCUGCCGGGGCCGGGGGGGCUCCUGGGGGUGCUGCCCCUUCGCCCAGGGCUCCUGCUGCUCCAACGGCCGUCACUGCUGCCCCGGGGGGUCCCGCUGCACCCGGGGGGGCUGGGGGUGCAGCCCCCAGCGCUGGGACCUGCCUGCGCCCCACAGGGUGCUGCUUUGAUGUCCCUGGGGACCCUGUUGGGUGCCACCACCCCAAUAAAAGGUUUCUAAGACAAACCCCUGGCUCCUCGGGGCUGGGGAAACUGAGG